AUGAACAAUGAUGACGGUUUAGAGGUGCCGCCAAACCCGGGUUACAUCUCGACGACGACUGAGUAUCAAGACGCCGAAGCGCUGGCCAGACGACUUAGACCAACCAACGGACGGAUUUGGAUUUACAUGAUUGACACUUGCUUGGCUAGAAAUAUCAAGUUCACAAGUAUGGACAAAGUCCAAGGCACAUCGUCUGGUUCAAAGACCUACGCGGAGAACGAAUGGAGAGUGCAUGUUAAAAUCCCUGUAAAAACCAUCGUUGGACAUCGGGUUAUCAAGGAGAAUGGCAAACUGGGUAUGAGUUUAUAUGACAAUUUCGGGGCUUCGAGGCGCCCUCGGAGAACCAAAUGUUCGUGA